AUGCCGAUCAUACCGACGGAUCACGCGAUUCGAAAAUGGACGAGCUUGACAGUGCUCGUCUUGUUCACCACAGCCACCAGCAUCGUCUCGCAGCGAUCACGGAGCGUCGCCGCAGGGGAAAGGUAUUCGAUCGCCACCUCGGUCUUCCUAUCGGAACUGUUCAAGCUCAUCGUCGGCUUCGUGACGGCGGUCGUGUCGCACAAGGAGCAUGUCAGCAGUCCCAGCAGAGACGGUGCUUCGCUGCCACUGUUUUCAGAAAAGUCGGACGAGCAAGACCACAGCGACACUGGCGAUGAUCAAUCAGACUCGCCCUACCCGGCCUCACGAUCGCAGGUAUCAAUGCCGAUGAUGAACAAGGUACGCCAAGCUUGGGACGACAUCUUCUGCCCAUCGGCAUGGACGAUGAGCGUACCUGCUCUCGUCUACGUGGCUCAGAACAUGCUUCAGCUCGGCGCAAACUCGCAUCUCAGCUCGGUGGCAUACCAGGGCCUUUCGCAGCUCAAGCUGGUGACAGCGGCCAUCAUCAGCGUGUGCGUGUUUGGCAAAACGCUCUCGAUUCGUCAGUGGAUGUGCCUUCCUAUUUUGCUGGGAGGCGUCGUCUUCUUGACCCAGAAGCCGAUGACGAUGCAAGAUGUUGCCGAGGCAGCGGCGCUGCUGGGAAGCAGCGAGCCAGCUGCGGACUCGCCCUUCUCUCACCGUCAUUCCGACGCACCGGCAUCUUCGAGCUCGUGGCUGAUGGCGGAUGCCGUGAUGCUUGCUGGCGAAUACGCGGAUGCCCAGCUUUUCAUCGGAGCUCUACUGGUGGUGAUGGCUUGUAUCUGCGGUAGCUUCGCCGGUGUGUACAUCGAGACGAAGCUGAAAUCGAGCAUGUCGGUGGCGCUCUCAGUACGCAACGCUCAGCUCGCCUCUUUUGCGCUGGUCACUUCUGGCCUGGCUGUGACGAUGGAAGCCAUCAAGAACGGCGAGUGGGCGCCAUUGGAUCACUUUUCGACGACAGCCUGGAUGACUGUGCUGCUACGAGGCGCAUCCGGCUACGUGGUGUCUGCAACCCUUCGAUACGCAGACGCCAUCGCAAAAGGAUUCGCUACGAGUGUGGCCAUCAUCACCACCAUCGCCGUCGAGAGCAUGCUGACGUUGCACCCGCCAUCGAUGAUGCAGGUCUUGGGCAGCUCUCUAGUGAUUAUCAGCACCUACACCUACGUUCGUCUGGGUGCGGCGAACAACCCGUAA